AUGCCUUCCGUAGGAACGUACGUUGCCAACGGCAUGUCCGAUAUGUUAUUCCAGUGGACUGCCGCGGGGGUCAACGUUUACGUCCUACAGGGAUCGUUUGCCGGCCCAAAGGUCAACAUGACCGGCAAUCGGGUUGCUGGCGUCCUUGCUUAUCAGCAGGGCGGCGAGGAGCAACUCAUGGCCGCGACCUUCUCCGGUGGGGUUGGCCACCCCGAAGAUACCGAAAUGGUUCUCGGACCGGAGUGGGUCAAAAACGUCAAGCACCUGGCCAAGAUCAUGGGCCUGAGUGUCGGCAGCAUCUUCGACGGACCGAAGAGCCGCGGCCACGCCGGGAGGUGGCAUUGCUCGCACUGCGAGAAAAAGCUGGCCGCUUUUGCGGUGUCGACUCUUCUGGCCAGAAUUGGCCAGCUCCCGGAGGAGUUCGACGAGGUCAGCCUGUACGACCUUGAAAAGGUCAGGCGCCACGACUGGGGCGUGGGCAAUGAGCCGCGCCUGGAGAUCCACAUCACCAGGUCUCCGUGCCAGCUAUGCGUCAAAUUUGUACGCUACCUGGCGGCUUUUAUGAACGUGGAUCUUUCGAUCCGCGUUGGUGGGCUUCUGCGGGCUGUAGAGCCCGAUCAGUUCCCGGGCCGCCGCGUCCCAGAGCUCGCCAACCAUGACGACGAGGACAAGGACGAUCUGGAGUUCGAUCAGGACAACGCGGUAGAUGUCCCGGUCGAGCUCCGCGAAGGUCUCCUCGCGGCUUUGAACGCUGCCAACCCUCGCAACGUUCUGUCGCGCACUCCUGAGGAGUUGCGUGAGAAGUCCUGGGCUGCUCAGACACCUGAGGUCGAAGAGGAGGAGGACGAUGCUGGUGAGCCCACUGCUCACCAGCAAAUCCCCUCUUCUUCCACGGUUCGCGAUGACUCCGAGGACCCUGCCUAUCGGCGACAGGGAGUAGACCCCCGGCUCCUGUUCGACCCGCCGUUCCCGACCACCCCCACCACCCCCUCGACCGAGUACAGCGACGACGAUGAGGACGUCGAUGACGACCAUGGCGACUACCCUCCCUCCGAUUCCGAUCCAGAAGAAAUCAGCGAGGAGGAGUUUAGGGCCACAUCGGUCAUCCAACCCAAGGACUGUGACAUUCCGCUGCCGUCGAUCGAAUUUGACGAAGAGGUUGAGGACCUCGGCGAACGGUUGGUGGAGAAUUCCGAUGAGAGUGAGGAUUCCGAGGACGAGGAUACCGAAGAUGCGCCUACUCCCGAGCCCGCUCCCGCUGUGGUAUCGUCGAGGAUUCGCCAGCAGAUUCGCAACCACGGCUACACCGGUCCUGUGCUUCUGCGACAACAAACUCCCUACCCCAAGCCUAGGCCGAGCCCACUAUUCUCGACGCCCUCCCGUGGCCAGAAGAGGUCCCGUGACGAAUCCGAUGAGAUUGGCGAGAGUCCCUCUGCUCCCGAGCGCGGGCCCUUUACCAACAACGACGAGAGUCCUUCUGCUCCCAAGCGCAGACGCCUUACCGACGACGACGAUACCGAGGAGGUCGAAGAGAGCUCUCAGGGAGCGGAGAAGCAGCAUGAGUCCCACUACUGGGUCUAG